AUGGAGGAUGAGUCUGAGAAGGACGCAGACCAGAACGAAGAGACGUCUGAAAUCAGUGAGUCUCCAGAGUCUGUGUCGCUGGCUGAUGCCCCAGCAGAGAAGGCCACACAGGCCACACAUGCCAGGGUCCUGAUAACAUAGCCUGAGAAGGCCUUUACAGGCACCAAGCUGUACUUGGAAGCAUGCAGGCUGAUGAAGGUGGUGCCUGUCUCACACUCUAUUCAGAACUUGGCCAAGCCUUAUAUAAACCUGAACCACCAUGGUCUAGGACUCAAAGGUGUCAAAGCCAUUGCUAAUGCUCUGGCAAACAUUUCCAGUAACCAUCUAGACACAGCAGGACCUGAAGUCAUUGCCAGUUUGCUUUUGGAUAACAUGUCCUACCUCCAUGCUCUUCGGCUCUCAGGAAACAGCUUUGGAGGAGAGACUGUGCCAUAGUUUGCUGAUGCAUUAAUAGUGAGUUACCUGAAAUCCAAGGAGCUGGACCUCAGCCACAAUGAGUUCUCUGAGAAGGGAGGACAGCUCCUGAGGCAGAUGCUUGCCAGCAAUACAACACUGGAGAUUCUGGACCUCAGCUGGAACGACCUGAAAAGGAAGGGGACAGUAGCACUGGGCACAGGUCUCAGGGGCAGUAGUGCACCGACAAUACUCGGACUUUCUUGGAAUGGUGUUGGCAAGGAGGGAGCACUGGCCCUAGGAGAAGCUCUCAAAGUCAGUAACGUGCUGGUUCACCUGGACAUCAGCAACAACCAGAUUAACAACAAGAGCCAGAAGCUCUGCAGGGGCCUUGAAAUCAAUGGAAAACUCAUAAUCCUGAAGAUGGCCAGUAAUCCCCUGACCAUGGAAGGUUCCACUGUGCUGUCUGUCAGAAAGAACCCCAAAUCCAUAAUGGAGGAGAUCAACAUCUCAAAUGUGUUGGUGAACAAAAACUUCAUCAAGUUGCUAGAUUUGGUGUGUCGAAUGCCUCCUGAACUAGGUAUCAUCUAUGGUGAGGUCGAAGGCUGUAUUGCCAGGAUCCCCAAGCAGCAUCCAGAUUCCAUGAAAUUCAGAUGAAACUCGUUGAAAGACCACAACCUACAACUCUGGGACUUUUUUAGGAAUAUUGAUAAGGAUGGAAACAUGAAGAUCCCUGUGGCAGCCUUCCAGAGAGCCAUGAUGCAGCAACCAAGCAUCCCACUGGAUCGAGUCCAAAUUGGGGAACUAGUGUGCAAGCUGGACUAGAAUCAGAUAGGGGUUGUGGAUCAAUCUCACUUAAAGGAGCAGAAGCCAGCACAGAAUCCUGUGGAAGGGAAAUCGAGGAGGAAGAGAAGGAAGAGCCAUAAAAAUUAA